AGUCAAGAAGUAGACGCCCAUUCCCCUUAUUCAAACAUAUCACAGUAAAGUACCAAACAACCCCAUAUCCUCUGUCCUCCUAUCCAUCCCUCUCUAUCUCUUCCCCGCCUCCCUGAAUUUCAAUGGAGAAGAGAAGGGAAUUGAUGGAGAAAACAAAGGUAGAGAGAGGAGAGAGAGAGAAAGAGAGAGGAGUGAGAGAGAGAGAGAAAGAGAACUCUGGUCAAGCUCUGGUGUGCGUACGCAGAGCACCUAGUGUUGAAGUUAUGAACUUGGCAGCCAUCGCCAUUGAUCUCGGCGUGAGGGUUCGAGCCGCUAAUAUGCCUGCACCUUUGCAAGAGAGAGCCUUUCGCCAAGCUUCUCUAAUUCUCUCCGAGACGAAAACAAAGAGACCCAAUUGCAAGCUUGUGGCUCUAAGCAUCAAAAAGGAGUUUGAUGGGUGUUAUGGGCCGGCUUGGCAUUGCAUAGUUGGGACGAGUUUUGGGUCUUUUGUUACGCACUCACCAGGGGGUUUUGUGUACUUCUCCAUUGACAAGAUCUCCAUUUUGCUUUUCAAAACUAAGGUGGACCUUGUCCCAACUCCAUCUUCCUAUGAUCCUAGACAUCACAGGAUGUCUCUAUGAUGCAUCUCAUCUCUCUCUUCUUCAACUGAUGUAAUCAGGGUUCUGAUGGAUGAGUAGUUUCAAGUGACACUCUCUCUCACUUCUCUGUAAAUUGAAGUUAUUGAUCCUAAUACACUCCUUUGUUUCCAACAAAGUCUCUCUCUCUCUCUUUCUCACAUUUAUUUAGCUGGUGUAUUUAUGGGUUUGGAAUUUGGUGUUAUAAAGAGGUUUAUUGCCCAGAGGGAGAUUAGUAGUC